AUGUCUCGCGUCGUGGGUGGCAUCAACGCCCAGCCAGGGGCGUGGCCCUGGAUCGUCAGCAUCCAGCAAGUAGUGGGAGCGGGACUGGGGCACAUCUGUGGAGGGUCCCUGAUCAGCUCCCAGUGGGUGCUCACGGCAGCUCACUGCUUCGUUGGGACGGGCAAGACCUACUACGUGGCGGCAGGGAUCACCUACUUCUCCAACCCGGAGCCCGAGACCCAGCUGCGCUUCGUCAAGCGAGUGCUGCUGCACCGCGGCUACGACAACGCCACCAUGAGCAACGACAUCGCCCUGCUGGAGCUGGACCACCCUGUGCGCUGCGGCUACCACGUCCAGCUGGCCUGCGUGCCCGACCCCUCGCUGCGCGUCGCCGAGCUCAGCAACUGCUACGUGGCCGGCUGGGGGUCCACCAGGGCCAGAUCUGGGACUACACCGCUGGGGCUGCAGGAGGCCAAGGUGCACCUCAUCGACCUCCACCUGUGCAACAGCACUCACUGGUACGCGGGAGCCGUCCACAGCCACAACCUCUGUGCUGGCUACCCCCAGGGGCGCAUCGACACCUGCCAGGGCGACAGUGGAGGUCCCCUCGUGUGCCAGGCCAAAAACGCUGACUACUUCUGGCUGGUGGGGCUGACCAGCUGGGGGACAGGCUGUGCCAGGGCAAGGAAGCCUGGCAUCUACACCUCCACCCAGCACUUCUACAGGUGGAUUCUGGUCCAGAUGGGGCUAUACCCAAAUACAAGGGCUACUGCAGCAGCACGGGCAUGGAGCACUUCUCCCAUGGCCUCAACACCUGCUCAGAGGCCACUGCCAAUGCCCUUGGGCUGGGUGAACUCCAGCCCACUCCUGCAGGAGAAUGAGGAGUGAGCAGCAGAAAGAACUGGACCUGGGCAUCCUUCUGGGAACCACCACCGUGUCCUUCUGGGGCAAUUCCUGCUGAGCUGGGGCCUGCAGUCUCACUGUCCAUGUCCUGCUCUGUCCUACUCCUGCUUCCCCUUCCCUCUUCAGAUGAAUACUGAAUUUCUCCUGGCUGCAGGAGUGUUGACUUUCUCCUAGCUGCAGAAAUAAAGCUUUUGACCCCA